AUGGAGUCGAUGGAGGAGCUGCUGCAUCAGAGGCCGCAUUUUGAGCCACUGCUUGCCGUCAAGGAGAACCAGCGGGAGGGGUUGGCGAUAGGAUGUAUGGUGACGUUCAUGGAUGUGGUGGAAGCGAUCCGCAGUUUGAAGUUCAGUGACCCGAAGAGUGUGGCGGACGAGCUGCAGGAGACGUUGUUGGACUUGGAAAGGUAUGGUUUCCAAGUUGGGGCGGUAAGGGAGCGGGUAAUGAAGUUGUUGGAGGCGAAGGAGAAGGAGGAUGUGCUCAUGAAGAGUGAGAAGAGAGGGGUGAUUGAGAAGAAGAUGUGGUAG